GUUAGUACCUGCACUGCACGCACACAGAAAAGACGAGACGAGCACACGUUUCUUCCUCUUAACCAUGAAAGCAAAGCUGGAAAUCGUAGCCCUGGUUCUGGGCUUCCUUGGCCUGUUUGGGACAAUCACUGUAACUGCUCUACCAACCUGGAAGGUCUCAGCCUUCAUUGGGGCCAAUCUUAUCAUAAUGGAGGAGCUCUGGGAAGGCCUCUGGAUGACCUGCUACAGACAUAUUGACAUCAAGAUGCAGUGCAAGGUGUACGACUCCCUGCUGGUUCUCCCGGUCGAGCUGCAGGCGGCGAGGGGAUUAAUGUGCGUCUCCAUUGCUCUGGUUUUCAUCGCCUUGAUUGUCACUGCCUGUGGAAUCAAGAGGAGCUACUGUUGUGGUGACAACAUGAAGAGCAAAAACAUCACUCUGGCUUUUGGGGGGUGUUUGUAUCUCCUUUCAUUUCUGACUACACUCAUUCCUGUCAGCUGGGUGGGCCACUCGAUUAUCAAACAGUUCUAUAAUCCAACAUUGCUGGAUGCUCAGAAACGAGAGCUGGGACAAGCAAUCUUCAUCGGCUGGGGAACUUCUGGUGUAUUGCUGGCCACAGGAAUCAUCCUGCUCUUCAGAUAUAGCAAACGGAGAACCAAAGAAGAAGACCACUACAUUGAUGCAUAUUUAAUGGAGGAAAAAAGUGCUGCAAAAGAUGACAGUGUAUACCUCGCCAAGGCAGGAUCCAGCUUCCAUAAAUUCCAAGAAUAUGUGUAAAUUAUUGUGAUUUAUUUUUUUUAUGCUCAACACUCAACCAAGGAGAAAACUCACGCUGGUUUGCACAUGACUUUAAAAGUGAAGGCUUCAGUGACUCGCACUUCUAGUCAAAAAUAUUCUUUUUUAUACAAUUUCAUACACAAAAAAGUGUUGAUGUGUAUUUUUUGAUUAAUGUUGUAUCUCUGCAAGGCAAUUCAUUUGCUCUUUAAUUUGGAAAGCUCUUUUAAUUAUUUUAACUUUGGAUCUCUGGUAAAUAUUUAAUGCAAACAUAACUCACUAUACAUUAACAAAAAAAAGCUGUAAGUCAGAGUGCCGAAAUUUCUACUGAAAAUUAUUGUUUUAUGCUUUAUCCCCAGAAGAUCUAAUAUAAUAAGGGGAAAAAAUAUAUAUAUGUUUUCUUAUAUGCUUUGUUUAAAAUUUGAUGCUGUGGUGUAUCUUACUAAGAUUUGAGUUUAUUUACUUAAUUUUUAACACUAACUUUGUAUUUAUUUAAGUAAUACGCCUGUUUUAUCUAAAUUUCAACAAUCUAGAUAGUACCAUUAGCUUACCAAAUGAAUUUAAUUAAAUAAGGACGAAGUAAUAUUGCUUUGGUCAACUGCACACAAACUCACAGGCACAAAUGGAAGCAGUCAAGCGUUUGUAUACUUGUUUACAUACACAUUUAAUCGGGAAAAUUCAGAGAAUAGACAUUAACUUCCGAAACACAACAUAUUUAUUAUCUGUAUAUUAUAACUAUACAUUCCUCUUUAUAAUAAAGAAAUAUCUCACAAGUAAGGUAUGUGUGUGUUUUCUCCAGGUGACCUCUGAGUUGUUUUGGUGGCAUUACACCCUCAGAGAAAUCGUGAACUGGACAUGAGAAAAAGAGUUUUCAGCAGAUCCAAUUUUAACCAUCCCCCAGUUCACCUUAGCUCCCUGACAUGCUGAGUCACCGGCUAAAGUCAGCUUCACAUGGAUGCGAAGUUUACAACCACUUUAAAUGUGAACAUAAUAACUGUGACACAUAAACCAUCAAGCACCAAAGAGUUUUAAUAGAAAAAAAAGGAAAAUCAUUAGAAGUCAAGAAAAUAACUAAAAAUUGCCUCUUUUGCAAACGAGAGUGCUUUUUACCAGAACUUUAAGCAAUGUAAGCAUCUGAGUUGUAAAAUGUUGAUAUCUAUAGGUCAUUGUAUAUGUCAUUAUAUAUUUCACAAAUGCUGAAAUAAAUCUGUAGGAUAACACAGGAUGCAAAUGGAAUGCUAGCAAAACACUGGAGGAGAGCACAGACACAACCAGUUGCUUAAUCUAUUUAUGGUUUUAAUACCUUCAAUUGAUGGUUGCAAAAUGAUCCAAAAAUGUGGUAAAAAUCAUUAAAGAUUAACCAAAUGUUUGGAAAAUCUUACAGCAAGAAGACCCUGGUUUUGAUUCCUGGCCUUUCUACGUUGAGUUUGCAUGUUAAUAUGCAUGCUGUCAAUAAUUAAUUUUAUGAAAACCGCCUCAGCUGACAUGCAUAAAUGGCUGAACAAUACUAAACUGCAUUCCAGAUAUUCAUAGAAUUAUAUUUUUUAGUACAAAUAAUAAAUCUAAGACAUUCAGAGCAACACUCAUUCUAUUGACAAUCAAAAUUCCAGAUUUCUCAAACCUAGUUUAAAAAACUCAUUCUAGGAAGACUGAAUUUGUGCAAAGCUACAGCUAAAAACAGAAUACAAGAAAAUAGAAAAUGCGACCGCCUGAACAUUUGAGAUGACAUGAGUAAAUAAAUGUUAAGUUUACUUAAUAAAUAAUAGCUUACUGAGGCUGUAAACCCUGCAUUUACUGUUACAUAUUCCAAAGUAUCUCAGUACCUUAAAUCACUUUGAUCUCUGGGGACUCAUUCAACCUCACAGCAGCUGUUAAACCGGUCAUGCUUACUUUGAAACUGCAACCAGUGGUUUUAGCUAAAUACAACUGCUUAGAUGUUGUACUGCAGGCAUUUUUUGGAUUCUCUGAACACAAUGAUUUAUUGGAACUUUUGGGAUACCUAAAAAAAUAAAAUGAUAUAUAUAAUA